CCCCAGUCCCAUGGCCUUGAACCCCUGGCGGCCGACCGUGCGCCUUCCGCCGGCGGCGAAGCCGGCGCCGGCGCUGAAGGGAGCCGCGCCGAGCGCGGCACGCGCUGGGCGGCAGAUCCACGCGAUCCUGGCGACCGGCGACUGGGUGAGUGCAGCGGGUUGGAUGGCGUCGGAGUGUUUGGCUGCUAUAGGUUCGUUUUUUUCUUCCUAGGAUUCCCUUUGAAGCGCCAUGUUGAAGCUACCUUUUCCAGACCCCAUUCAGGGCGAUUAGAGCUUGUGGAUAUGUGCGUACAGUUGACGCAGAGCAAUGACGCUUAACUCGGCGAUCUCGUCGCGCCGCGCCCAAGGCUUCUUUGGCCUGCGCAAGUUGCAGGUGCGGUGCCGGGCGCGGAAGAACGGCGAGGCAACUCCCUCGGAGCUGCGGCAAGAAUUCCGGGAGACAGCGCCGUUCUGGUGCGAGGGCGCCGAGCACGUGCCGGACUCGGAGCUGGCGCGGGCGUGGCGGCCUGAGGAGCUGAAGAAGUUCCCCCGCCAGGGCCACGAGGGCUCGGCGGGGCUGGACCCCAAGGUACGCGUUCACGAGCUGCCUCCUGAGCUCCGUGUACGUGUGUGGGCGUACCUCCGCCAGAUGAAUCCCUAUGAGCCAUCCCUGGCGGCCAUUUUCUCCACCCUGGACGCAAUGCCUGGCCCACAGAAGCUCCGGGUGAAGGAGCUCUUCGAAAGCUGCGACAUUGUCUCGGCGCUGGUGAUGUGGUGGCUCCGGCGCCCGCUGACCUCCCAGAAGCGCUGGGGCCCACCCUGCCGCGUGUUGGACGCAGCCUGUGGGCACGGCCUCGUGGGUAUGAUGUUGGCCCAUUGCUUUCCCGACAGCCUGGUGCGGGCUGUGGAUCUGGAGGAGCGAACCUUGGCGGGCAAAGCGCUGGAGGCCUGGGCAGCGGCAGGCCGGGAGCUGGCCAACUUCCAGUUUGUGGCGGGAGAUUUGAACCACGCCAAGGGCUGGGUGGAAGAAGCCAGCUCCAUCUCGCAGAGUUUGGUGGUGGCCGUCCAUGCGUGCAAUGAAGCGACGCUCGACGUUCUGCAGCUCGCAGAGGAUUUGGGCAGCUCGUGGGCAGUGGUGCCCUGUUGCAUGCGGCGACGCCUCUACUUCCCAGGCAGCACGCACCUGGAGGCCGAGGAACACUACCCAUUGAUGUGCGGCGCCUUGUCGGCGAGGUUUGGAGCAAACAUGCUGCACAGCAUCGACCGCACCAUCACCACAAAGAAUCUGAUCGUUGCAAAGAAGGUGGUGCUACCCUGAGGCCCAGGCUCGCGACUGGCGCGCGAGACCUGCCUUCGACCUGUGCCUUGAGAUGUCGGAGGCUGGCAGGUGGUCCGAUCUCCGCCCAUGGCUUGGCCGCCGUAUGAAAACUCCCACACGAGGUCCCGCGAGAGCCCGAGCACUGCCAAUCGCGACGGCAUGUUCAGGGCGAGGCAUUCGAAUUGGAGUGGUUGCAGAGAUUUCUGAGCUAUUGAGCGGUUGCCGGACAGGAGGUGCCCGUGUGCCUGGAGCCAAUGUGUCCGAGCUUACGUGUCCGAGCAUUUUUUGCUGCAGGCUCUAGAAGGACUUGGAACCACGGCCAAAGCCAAAGCUGCCAAAGCCGAGCUUCAGGUUUCCUGUCAAGCAGUCCAAGAAGUUGCGUCCCGUCAACUGCUUCAAGAGGACGAAGCUUGACGGAGUGCUGUUUGGUUUGCUGGGUGCAAUGGUCGCAAGGCGUUUGUCCCUUGCCCUGCUGAAACUCAAAGGUGGAAGAAAGUGGCUUGGCAUCAACGCCUGCCCUGCGUACUUCUUCGUGGGUUGCCUGGUUUCUGGCCAGCUAGCCACAAAGAGGAACCCUUUGCUGAUCCUCAUCUCCUGUCGGCUCAUGGGAGAUUGUCCGAGCCCAUGCAACACUGCAUUUGCAACUGCACGUGCGCGUGCCGAGAC